CAGAGCUGCGAGUCUCCCGUGAGAAGAGGAGAGAACCGCACUUCGCCAACUUCUCAACGAUGGGCUUCAUCCAUUCCGAGCUCAGGAACUCACUGGCGGUGCCCACGAUUGUGGAGGAGAAGCUCGUGUUCAUCAAGACCAACCUGCCCGCCGCAUUCUACGACUACCCCGUGCCCGACGGCCCCCCGAGAACCCCCGUGAGGAGGAACCCCUGUGACCGUCGAGGGGUCGUCGAGGGGUCACGCGGGAUGAGGCGAGUUGGACCCGGCGGGCGAGAGGCUGCCUUCGAGAAGAUCGUCAUCAACUCAAACUGCCAGUGGUUCUACCUGCGGGCGCGCCUGGAGUGGGAGGAGGAGGGAGUGAGACUGAACGAAGCGGAGUUCCGUCUGGUUGUGACCAACGCUCUCCGUGAGCUGCACGGGGAGGUGGGAGCUGCCCUGCCAUUCGACGUCAUCAGAUUUGAUGUCCGCUCACAGUCGUGCAUACUGCGCGUCAUCAGCAGUGGGCUCGUGCGUCUGUGGGCGUCGCUAUCUCUGGCCUCGAGGCACCAGGGCUUCGUCUGUGCCGUCCACAUCCAGCAGGUGUCUCCAUUCCUCCUGUCCCUGUCGGGCAACAGCCGGGACCUGAGACUGGACUGACCGACUGUAACUUUCUGCGACUGUCAUCGGCUGCCUGCAAUUGGUUGCCGAGGCUGUACCGGUGUUGCCAUGAGCCCCCUGAUCGCCAUAGCGAAGCUCCGGGUCCUGCUGUCUCC